UUUUGCACAUGGUGCUGUGGUGCUCGAAAGCCAGCAGAUGGCCUCAGCCUUGCAAGUCAAAUGUCUCUGCCUGAUGCCCACUUUCCCUGGGCAUACAGCCCCCACAGGAAGGAAAGAGACUUGUUUGCUGAAUAUGGAAGCCAUGGUGCAGUAGAUGUCAGGCUCAUAGAUGGGCAAGUCAAGGUAUUAGCCCAGAAGUUGCACCAGAUAGAUGUGCAAUUAAAAAGCAGUCAACCAUUUGUCCCAUUUACCCCACCCAAUUUUGUCCCAUGUCCUUGGUCAGAUAGAUGUAUGGGAGACCUGCAUAAUAAAAGGAAACAAUUAGCAGAAUUAUAUUACAGAAUUAAAAGUCAUCAAGGCAAUGUGAAACAUAGCGAAACAAGAUGGACUGACUUGAAAAAUAGUUUGAAAAGAUUGCAGUGCAUUAAAGAGAGCGAGGAAGAAUCCAGUUCUGACAUAGAUUUAUUGGAGGCAUUCAUGCUGGUGCCUAAGUCUCUAAGACAGUUGAUUUCUGAUGUGAAACAGUGUAAAGCAUACACACAGUUACCAGUGGUUAAUUCAGCAUACACUGGUGGUUGUCUUGCCUUCUGCUCUCAGGGCGAAAGAAAUUUGGGGACAUUGAUAUACCUCAGUGGGCAAAGAUUAGAAAACAUAGUUUUUGAUCAAGUUUCUGUAGAAAACAGUGGCAUCAAAAGAACAGGUCAGAGUUCACAUGUUCAAGUGAGUGGAGUUGUCCGUGAAAUUGCUUCGUACAAUUUUCAGUGUGCUGUGAGGACAGAAAAUGAGGUGCAGAUAUUUUCUGCAGAUAACAAUUAUGGUGUAUGGGAGAGAAAGCAUGGACUAAAAUUCACAGAUGAUCCCUCAUCAAUUGCUCUUAGUCCUUUCAUAAAAGGGGAUGUUCUGGUCGCCAAUAGGCUUGGCACUGUGAGAUUAUGGACGUGUGGACAUCAACCAAAGGUUGUCUGUGAGGAAGUUGGUACCAGAUUCAGUUGUAAUGAAUCCUGGAGGCAGUGUCAUUUUGGUGCUCAUCCACGACUUGGAGUUCUGGCAGAUAGAAGUGGUGUGGGGAUGUUUGAUAUGAGAGUUCAGAAUUGCCAAGAUGUAAAUGACCUGUUUGUGUUGCCGAGUAAACACCUCAGUGUAAAAGAGAGGGUAAUGGCAACUAAGCAGCACCCAGAGUCUUACUUUUAUCAUGUUGUUGCCACAGAUUACUCACUGAUUCUUGUGGAUGAAAGAUUCUGUAAUGUACCUGUUCUCCAGUGGAAUCAUAGCCUGUUAACACCUCCACAGUACAUGGACAUAGUGGCAUCAGUAGACCUCCAUGGAACAGAGGAGGACAUACUCCUUCUCUCCAGUCAAGAAAGUUGUGAGACCAACUGUUUCCAGUUCUCUGUAUGUCAUGAUACACAUGCCCGGGACUCUCACACACCUCAGGCCACCUGCCCAAUGUGGAGAAGCUCUAAAAUCAGUGAUUUUACUUGUUUUCCUAAUAUCGCUGGUGCCGACAAAGCUGUUAUUGAACAGAGGUUGGAAGCCAUGUCUCUGAUGGGUGUUUGUGGUGUCAGGCACUUGGACGGGAAAGGUCUCUCCAUAUUUCAGAUGAAUUCUUUAGGGGAUGUUAUGCACCAGCCAUACACCCCAUCCAGUGAUGAUAAACUUGAUAAGACAUUCAGUGCUGGGCCAGGAAGCAGCAGUCUCAGAUUAAGCAAAGAAGUAGAAUCAGAAUGUGUUAAGUGGUUGAAAGAGUUGCAGAGACAAGUAGACCUGACACCAGUCACAACUGAAGGAUCUGAGACAUACGAUGCUUUUUCCUCAUUGGAUGCAGUAACAGUUCAGUGCUACCCCCACAUUGGGUGCAGCCUGUGUAUGCCCCAGACCAGUACACAUGUUGAGUUAACCCAACAGACUGAGGAGGAAACAUGCAUGGCCUGUGAAUUAAAGUUAAAAAUUGGACAGGAUAUGCAGAAAGCAUGUCAGUCUGGUGAACUGCUAAAUUUAGUGGAAACCCUGAACUCCUCAGUGAACAUUGACCAUAUUCUUCCCUCCAUUAAUGUGAGUAAUUUUAAAGAUCCCACCAGUCAACUGUUGGUGAAAGAGUGGGAAGGAGAUGGAGAAAUCCAGGACCUUCUCAAAGAAAGAGAUGAAUUAUUCAUAAAAAAUAAGGAAGCAAAGCUGAAAAAGAAAAGAGAGAGAUCAGAGCAAAACAUUUCAGAUGAAUUUGGAGCCCCUGAUGUACCUCUGCCAAUGAAAAGCAGAGAACGUCUCUCCUCCAGCUCCAGUAGAGCCAGUAGUUCCGCCUCCCCAUUAAGAACUCCUGGGUUUUUAUCAACACCAUCAAAAGUUGUUCAACAGUCUAUGUCUCCUAAGAAACCUAACAUUUCCUCCAUCUCCCCUCUAAAGUUCAGUGCCCCAAUUGGUUUACUUAUGCAUACAAUUGAUACAGAUACACCAAGUGUGUCCACUUUUAUCCCAAACCAGCAAAAGAGGGAAAUGUUCGAGUUCAAUACACCGGCUCCAUCCUCACAGCUCUUUAGCACACCCUCACAAACAGCUGUCAGAACAAAGCUUGAAUCAUCUGCAAGUAUUUCUAACCCCGAUAUAGAGGAAGAAACCAUGGUUACUGAAGGUGAUAUGUUUAGGUCACAAUCUCAAAAUUCACAGACACAUUCAAGUCUCAGAAAGAAGGAUUUGGACAGUUCCCAACAGUCUCCAGGAAAAAGAAAUACUUCACCAAAGAAAGCAAAGAAAAAGUUUGUUAUGGGCUUCUGAAGAAAUUAUUUGAGGGAAAUUGUGCAGAGGUUUUAUCAUUUUUAUCUCAAGAUGCUUGGCAGUAUUUAUCAACUAUUAAUAAAUCGAGUUCCAAAUGCAGCAAUGCUCUUUGAUACAAUUUUUAAAUUCCUAUCUGGGCUUUAGCCCAGUAAAUGAUCAACUUUGUUCCUUGUGUUUUGAUUGAGGGGUGUAAAUUACAAUUUAAAAGGAUGUAACAUACAUAGAGAAUACAAUUUCGAGGCGAUUUCCAAAUUAAAGAUGACAGGAAUACUAAGUAGCGUCCCAUUUACUGGAUUUUUUUUUCAUAAAACAAGACCAAAUUUUAAUGUAAAUAUUAUAGAAGACUGUAUUUAAUGCAUGUUUGUCAUUUUUAUUACUUACAAUUUUAUAGCACUGGAUUUGUACAUCAUUAUUAUUGGAAAAAAUUUAUAUUGCUCUUUUUUGCCACCAAUGGCAGAUAGUUUUUAAAGUAUCAGAAAUAUAAAUUGUGAUGAAAGGUAUAACAAGAAAUGUUUCUGUUAACAAACAGCUGUGACUAGAUGUCAAAAAGCAUAUCAAACGAAAAUCUGUUCAGUGUGCCAGGUGAAUUAUUAUGACAGAACAAUUCAGUAGCAGACUGGUUUUAGCAGUUUACUUGAGAUGAGUGUGCCCAUAUUUGCAUCUCGUACCUAUUUUUGCAGUGUUAAUUAAGUGACACGAGACUUGUUAAAAAUGUUUUAAACUGAUGAGAUGGCCAAAUGGUAAUCUUUAUGUGUAAUUUCAUCAUUCCAUGAG